AUGUGGGAGUGUAUUGAGUCGAACUUACUCAACAUCACUGUUGUGGAGAUGGACUCAACUAUUACAGAAAUUGCGAAAAAAUGGUUUGACGUGGUAGAAGAAGAGAAUCAUCGCUUGAUUGUUGAGGAUGGUCUUGCAUUUUUGGUAGAGGCUGGCAAACGAGGUGAGAAAUUUGACGUCAUAGCUCUGGAUGCAUGCGACGAAGCUAUCAAAUCUCCAUGUCCUUCCAAGGUUUUUCGAAAUGUGGAAGUAAUCGAGAAGUUCAAGCUUGCCCUCACCUCUACAGGUUUGUUGAGGCUUUCUUGUCUGUAGUG